GAACCAAAAAUCACUUCCUCUUGACUUUUUUUUUUUCCUCCACCAUUUUUGGCAGUUUCUGGGGCUCAACAGCUUUAUGGUUACAAUAAAAAAGAUUGUGCAAAACUUGCAAGUAUUCCAGUGUCUUAAUUUGGAACAUUGAAAUGCUUCUUUGUUCACUGAUAACGUGUCCUCUUUCUAUUGCCUGCCAUGGAUCUUGCCUUAACUAACAAGAACAACAACCCAUCAUUCAGCUUAACAUGUUUGAACUUUUAAAACCAGUGUCCUUUGUUUGUCUGUGUGUGUAAAUAAUGGCCUAGUAAAACAUUAUCUUUUCAUAUCAGACUUGUGGCUUCUAGGAACCCAAGACCACUAGGCACAGUAAUCAAGCUAACAAGUGGUCCAGAAUUUGCAAAGCCAGCAUAGGAGCCUAUAACUGCAGAAUGGGAUUUUGGGAAUUGGGACAAAGUAUAAAUACCUAUGUGGAUCUUUUCUCAUGCUGUAAGAAGACAUCAACGACACAGCAUUAUUUUUUGGUUUUUUUCAUUGACGCGUGUAGUUUAAAAGUGUAAUCUUUAUCUAGCACUACAAGACACUUCCAAUAGUGGAAGGGUCUAUUUUUAAUCCAUCAAGGAACAACUUAUUUAGAUGCCACGAGAAGAGUGAAGCUUAAGAGAAGCAAGCAUCUGAAGACAAACAUAAACCAACACCAUGAAAUGUCAGAACACAAGCAUUGUCGUCUUCCAAAGUACAUGCACCACUAAGUGGGAACACAGGAUAUAGCCGAGAGAUAAUAAAAGAUAACACUUUUAUUAAGUGAUGAUAUUCAUCUCCCGCAACUUCUAUUUUUAUUUGAGAGAGAGCAAGAGCAAGCACUCCCAAAUUGUUGUAUCUUAAACUAUUCUGAUCUGAAAGAAGCCAAGAAGCUAUGACUUUCUGCAAGGAGGAAGAAGAAAUGGUGGAUGAGGUAUCUGUUGCAGUAUCAGUAUCAAUGAACAAAGAAGUAGAAGUUGGAUCAGAGGGAACAAGAGAAUGGUUGAGUUUAGGACUCAACGGAUCUGACAAACCCCAGGACAUGGAGGGCGCCGAAAUAUCAAAACCAUUCCAGAAUAACAAGGUAUUCUCAUGCAAUUUCUGCAUGAGAAAGUUUUAUAGUUCACAAGCCCUAGGGGGUCACCAGAAUGCACACAAGAGGGAAAGAGGAGAGGCAGAAAGGAACCAAUCUCAUAGAAUGACGAUGGUGGCGUCAAGGUCACUGGGAGUGCAGACACACUCAUUUGUGCACAAGCCAAGCAGAGAAGCGUCAGGCAUGGCGGCUCGAUUCUGUGGUGUCAAUCAUGGGUUUCAAAUGCCAUAUUGGAUGCCGUUUAUGGUAGAACAAGCUAUGGAUUUGAGUUGGCCAGGAAGUUUUCGUGUGGAUUUGCCAAAACAAGAAUCGGAUGUAAAUAAGCUUGACUUGGAUCUUCAGCUCUGAUGCACUUCACUCACAGCUUUCUUGAUGUUUGGUCUUCACACGUAAUGUGUUACACAAUGCUAAUAGAAUAUUAAAUAAAAACGGUAAUUUACUGUUCUUGUAUUA